AUGUCUUCAGCUUCGGCUGUAGUAGACCGUACUACACGUACGCGUACCUUAUCGGUGGAUGACAACUGCUGUCCGGUCUGCCACGAGACCAUUGAAAUCUACGCGAUAGGGAUGUGCAAUCAUCCCAUUUGUUUCAGGUGCUCGACCAGGUUGAGGAUUCUCUGCGAACAGAAUGACUGCGCUAUUUGCAGAUCCAAUCUCAAACACGUUGUGUUUAUAAAAAAGAAAGAGAAGUUUGAAAAGAUUGCUGUACAUUCUUUCUGCCUCUCCAAGGAUGUCAUGAUUUUCUCAGAAUCUGAGGAAGUAAAACAGAAAUAUCAGGACCUUCUCAAACACAAGUGCAAGUUAUGUAACAAAGAAGAGGAGUUUGGCAGUUUUACGCUGUUGAAGAAUCACAUGCGAGACAUGCACUCUCUUCUCUCUUGCCAGCUCUGCCUCGAACAUCUCAAACUCUUCUCUAGCGAACGAAAGUUUUACACUCGCCAAGAGAUGGUGCAGCACAAAAAGUUUGGUGAUGUGAACGACAAGUCAUACAAGGGUCAUCCACUCUGCAAGUUUUGUGACGAGAGGUACUUUGACAACGAUGAACUGAACAAACAUCUGAGGAAGGCUCACUUCUACUGCCACAUUUGUGAAGAAAAUGGAGUCACCGGGGAAUACUAUUGCCAGUACAGUGACCUGCACGUGCACUUCAGGGAGCAACACUUUGUGUGUGAAGAGGGGCCGUGCAAGGAUGCCCAAUGGAGUAACGUCUUCAGGUCUCAGAUUGAUUUGAAUGCCCACAAGCUGGAACAGCAUAGUGCCUCAAUGGCUAGGUCUGACAGAGGACAGUUGAGAGUCAUUAACAUAGAUGUGAACUAUCACAACCCACGUCAGUCUGCUGCAGCUGCUGACGUGGCUACCAACAACCUCGACAGACUAAGAGGUUUGUGGCUUCUUGUUCGUAGGAAGUUGGAGUGA